AUGCGUCCAGCUUAUGCAGGUCCAGGUUCCGCAGGAUCACGUUGGAAGCCUACUCAAGAUCCAGGAAAAUUGGCGGGUACUUCAAAUUCAGGUGGUAACCGAACCAGUGGAACUGAUGCAAACUCAGCAUCGAAAGGUGGAAAUGUACAACAUGUAGAUAGCAAGAAUUGUGACGAUAUUGUUGAUAAUCCCAUUAUCAAUUAUUCAUGUUAA